AAGCCAUAGAAUUUUGGAGUGGGGGAGGGGCAGAGAUAGUGGGGGGCGAGGGGGUGUUUGGUUGAUUGAAAUUUUGAACCGAAAUGCAACUCCAAUUUGGUUCCUUUCAAUCUCACCUUGUUUCUACUACUAAUUCUCGGAUUCAGUGUCGACUUCUUCAACCACGUCCUUCUUUUGGGAUUGCAUUUGACAUUGAUGGUGUUCUUCUACGGGGGCAACAUCCUAUUGGAGGUUCUACUAAAGCUUUGAGGAGAUUGUAUGUGGAUUCUACGUUUUCUGGUACUUUAAAAGUUCCUUUUCUUUUCUUGACCAAUGGAGGUGGCACUCCAGAAUCAAGACGUGCCAUUGAAUUGAGUGAACUUUUAGGAGUGAAUGUGUUACCUUCUCAGGUUGUACAGGGCCACUCAAGUUUUAAAAGUUUGUUGAAUCGUUUUGAGAAUGAACUUAUUAUUGCAACUGGAAAAGGGCAGCCAGAUCUUGUUAUGUCUGAGUAUGGUUUCAAAAAAGUUUUCUCCAUUGGUGAGUAUGCUUCAUUCUUUGAGAAUAUUGAUCCUGUAUCCCAAUACAAGAGCUGGACAUCCAAGCAAGCUUUUGAUUCGAACUGCGACCCCCACGGGUCGAUGAGAAGGCAAAGUGUUUUAUCUGAAAGAGUGAAGGCGGCUUUUGUUGUCAGUGAUCCUGUUGAUUGGGGUAGAGAUAUUCAAGUUCUUUGUGAUGUUUUAAGAUCUGGAGGCCUUCCAGGACACCAGAAUGGGAAUCUCAAUCAAGUGCCUUUAUAUUUUGCUGCUGAUGAUCUUGAAUAUCAGGGUGCAUUUCCUUUUAAGCGGCUUGGGAUAGGCGCCUUUAAAAUUGCACUAGAAAGUAUAUUUGAAAGAAUUCACCAUAUACCUCUUGAAUACGUAUGUUACGGGAAACCCAAUCCUCUUGUGUUUAAGAAUGUAGAGGCUGUGUUCAGGCAGAUUCUCUUAUCUCAUUGUGAUGAUCAUUUUGUGAACAAAGGAGAUAUUGAAGUUAAUGGUUUCAAAACACUUUAUAUGAUUGGUGACAACCCGGUGGUAGACAUCAAAGGUGCACGAGAGGCAGGAAGACCUUGGUUUUCUAUUUUAACAAGGACAGGAGUUUUCAAGGGCAAAGAAAAUCACGUCGAGUUUCCAGCUGAUCUUGUCGUUAAUACUGUUGAAGAAGCAGUGGACUAUAUCUUUGCAUCAGAACAUAUUUCUUAAUGAUUUUUGCCCUACCUAGUAAUGAUCUCUCACUUAUCAUUCUGAUUCGUUCUGUUGACAUAUGCAGAGCAUAUGAAUUGCAUAAUACACGCAUAAUUUCAAUAUUCAAAUUCAUAACUCAUCCAAUUUUCUACCA